GUGAAUAUAUAAUCCGAUUGUAGUAAGUAGUGAGACACGUUAGUUCGGCGGCUGUCAAUUUUUAUUAUUGGAAGAUUUAUUGUAUGCGGAGUAGAAAAUGGGGAAAGUGCUAUCAAAGAUCUUUGGCAACAAGGAAAUGAGAAUAUUGAUGCUUGGACUGGAUGCGGCUGGCAAGACGACAAUUCUCUACAAACUUAAACUUGGACAGUCAGUCACCACUAUUCCCACAGUUGGUUUUAACGUGGAGACUGUGACCUACAAAAAUGUCAAGUUCAACGUCUGGGAUGUUGGAGGGCAAGACAAGAUCCGUCCUUUGUGGCGACACUACUAUACGGGCACUCAAGGGUUAAUUUUCGUUGUGGAUUGCGCGGACAGAGAUCGCAUCGACGAGGCAAGGCAGGAACUUCACCGCAUCAUUAAUGACCGAGAGAUGAGGGAUGCCAUCAUCUUGAUAUUCGCAAAUAAGCAAGACCUUCCGGACGCAAUGAAGCCGCAUGAAAUCCAGGAGAAACUCGGCUUGACCCGCAUCAGAGAUAGAAAUUGGUAUGUUCAACCCUCCUGUGCGACCACAGGCGAUGGACUGUAUGAGGGGUUGACAUGGUUAACAUCAAAUUACAAAUCUUAAUGAUGAGUGAUGACUGUUUUAGGUCAAAACUAUAAUGAAAUUAUGUUGCAAGUUACAAAUAACUUCUCAUAUGGUAAAGAAAAAGUCAAU